AUGGCACGGGAGCUCCUCCCCCAAGACCUGCGCGCGGCGGCCAGCUGGGCCGUGUCCCUCCUCCGCGCCCGCCUCGAGCCCCGCCCCGCCGAGCGCCGCACCCUCGUCAUCAAGCGCGACCCGAAGUCGCACCACCACCACCCCUGCGACGGCGACGCGGCGCUCUACAUCGACGUGCUCCAGUACCUCGCCACCCGGAUCGACCUUCGCUCCAUGCGCCGUCUCUGCCUCAGCGGCGACGUCUCUGGCUCAAGGAAGGUCCUCUCGAUGGAGCCCGGCGACUCCAUGAUCGACAACUUCGAGGGCGUCGCGUUCACGUGGGCGUCCGUCGUUGGUGAAGGCCGGCGCGGGGCAGUGGCGGAGUCGCUGGAGCUCAGCUUCGACGCCGAGCACACGGACAUGGCGUUGGGCAGGUAUGUCCCGUUCAUCACGGCGUCGGCGGAGGAGGCCCGGCGCCAGGACCGCUCGCCCCUCAUCUACAUGAACGAGGGCUCAUGGUGGAGCGGCAUGAACUACCACCACCCGGCCACGUUCGACACGCUCGCCAUGAACCCGGAGCUCAAGCAGUCCGUCAUUGCCGACCUCGACCGGUUCCUGAAGCGGAGGGACUACUACCGGCGGAUCGGCAAGGCGUGGAAGCGCGGGUACCUGCUCUAUGGCCCGCCUGGCACAGGCAAGUCCAGUCUCGUCGCCGCCAUGGCCAACUACCUCCACUUCAACCUCUACCACCUCGAUCUAUCCGAGUCCGUCCACGUCAUCGAGGACAUCGACUGCUACUUCAGCGCCGCGUCGCGGGAUGAUGGCAAAGAUCAGGCCGGCGACGACGUGGCGGAUGAUUCUGACGACGACGUGGGCAAGAAGAUAACUCCGUCCGGGCUUCUCAACUUCAUCGACGGGCUGUGGUCGACCAGCGGCGAGGAGCGCAUCAUCAUCUUCACCACCAACUACAAGGACCGCCUCGACCGGGCGCUGCUCCGGCCAGGACGCAUGGACAUGCACGUCUACAUGGGCUACUGCGGCUGGGAGGCUUUCAAGACGCUCGCCCACAACUACUUCCUCAUCGACGAUCACCCACUGUUCCCGGAGAUACAGGAGCUGCUCUCGGCUGUGGAGGUGACGCCGGCCGAGGUGUCCGAGAUGCUGCUGCGGAAUCUGCUUGUUGACUAG